GUAAACAGCAAGGAAAUGCAAAGCGGAAACCAAACUUCUGUGUCUUACUUCAUUUUGGUGGGCCUGCACUACCCACCGCCGCUGAGGGUACCCGUCUUCCUAGCUUUCUUUGCCAUCUAUGCCCUCACCGUCUGUGGCAAUGGUCUCAUUAUUCUCAUGGUCUUGGUGGACACCCGGCUCCACCGCCCCAUGUACUGGUUUCUAUGUCACCUCUCCUUCUUGGACAUGACCAUUUCCUCUGCCAUUGUCCCCAAGAUGUUAGCUGGCUUCCUCUUGGAGAGCAGGGUUAUCUCCUUUGGGGGCUGUGUAAUCCAACUUUUUUCUUUCCAUUUCCUGGGCUGCACUGAAUGCUUCCUUUACACACUCAUGGCCUACGAUCGCUUCCUGGCCAUUUGUAAACCUUUACAUUAUGCCACCACCAUGACUCACAGCGUCUGUAACUACCUGGCUUUAGGUACCUGGCUGGGAGGCACGCUCCACUCACUUUUCCAGACAAGCUUCAUAUUCCGUCUGCCCUUCUGUGGUCCAAACCGGGUAGACUAUUUCUUCUGUGACAUUCCUGCCAUACUGCGUCUGGCCUGUGCCGACACCACCAUCAAUGAACUGGUCACCUUUGUGGACAUUGGUUUCCUGGCCCUCACCUGCUUUGUGCUCAUCCUCACUUCCUAUGGCUGCAUAGUGGCUGCCAUCUUGCGAAUCCGGUCUGCCGAUGGACGCCGCAACGCCUUCUCCACCUGCGCUGCUCACCUCACAGUCGUCAUUGUUUACUAUGUGCCUUGCACCUUCAUUUACCUUCGUCCUGGCUCCCAGGAGCCCCUGGACGCGGUGGUAGCUGUCUUCUACACUGUCGUCACUCCUCUGCUCAACCCCAUCAUCUACACACUGCGCAACAAAGAAAUGAAGGCAGCCAUAGGGAGGCUGGCAGGGAGCGAGGAUUUGCAUCCUCAUUGA